GCUCGGCUCGGCCCGGCCCCGGCUCGUUACUCAGCGGCCGCGGGUGAAGCAGGAGGCGGAGGCGGCGGUGAGGUUGAGAGAAUUUUGGAUGAAGCUAUCUGACUAGAUUGUCGUCAUGAGCAGAAGCAAGCGUGACAGCAAUUUCUACAGUGUAGAGAUUGGAGAUUCUACUUUCACUGUACUGAAACGAUACCAGAAUUUAAAACCUAUAGGAUCAGGGGCACAAGGAAUAGUAUGUGCAGCCUAUGAUGCCAUCCUGGAACGAAAUGUUGCGAUCAAGAAGCUAAGCCGGCCAUUUCAGAAUCAAACCCAUGCUAAACGAGCCUACAGAGAGCUUGUUCUCAUGAAGUGUGUAAAUCACAAAAAUAUAAUUGGCCUACUGAAUGUGUUCACACCACAGAAAUCCCUGGAAGAAUUUCAAGAUGUUUACAUAGUGAUGGAGCUCAUGGAUGCAAAUCUCUGCCAAGUGAUUCAGAUGGAGCUAGACCAUGAACGAAUGUCGUACCUUCUUUAUCAGAUGCUGUGUGGUAUCAAGCAUCUUCACUCUGCUGGAAUUAUACAUAGGGAUUUAAAGCCCAGUAAUAUAGUAGUAAAAUCAGACUGCACUUUGAAGAUUCUUGACUUUGGACUGGCCAGAACUGCAGGAACUAGUUUUAUGAUGACGCCUUAUGUAGUGACUCGUUACUACAGAGCACCAGAGGUCAUCCUAGGGAUGGGAUACAAAGAAAACGUGGAUUUAUGGUCUGUGGGGUGCAUUAUGGGCGAAAUGGUUUGCCACAAAAUCCUCUUUCCAGGAAGGGACUAUAUUGAUCAAUGGAAUAAAGUUAUUGAGCAGCUAGGAACACCAUGCCCUGAAUUCAUGAAGAAAUUGCAGCCAACAGUGCGGACUUAUGUGGAGAACAGACCUAAAUAUGCUGGAUAUAGUUUUGAGAAACUCUUCCCAGAUGUACUUUUCCCAGCUGAUUCUGAGCACAACAAACUUAAAGCCAGUCAAGCAAGGGACUUGUUAUCAAAAAUGCUGGUGAUAGAUGCUUCUAAAAGAAUCUCUGUGGAUGAGGCUCUGCAGCACCCAUACAUCAAUGUCUGGUAUGAUCCAUCUGAAGCAGAAGCACCUCCACCAAAGAUACCAGACAAGCAGUUGGAUGAAAGAGAGCACACAAUAGAAGAAUGGAAAGAGUUGAUAUACAAGGAGGUCAUGGACCUGGAGGAAAGGACCAAGAACGGGGUUAUACGUGGACAGCCAGCCCCUUUAGGUGCAGCAAUGAUCAAUGGUUCUCAACAUCCAUCUUCAUCAUCAUCUGUCAAUGAUGUAUCUUCAAUGUCAACAGAUCCAACAUUGGCCUCUGAUACUGACAGCAGUCUGGAAACAUCUGCUGGACCUCUGGGUUGCUGUAGAUGACUACUUGGUCUUUUAGGGGGGAGGGAAGGGGAGUCCUCUAGUCAUUGAUAGGGCACCUUUAAGAAAAUCAGUGGUAUUAUUUUUGAGUGUUUUUUCAAAAAUAAUUGUAGGAUUCAUUUUAAAGUGCUGUAAUUUUAAACUGUAAGUUGUGUUAAAAGCAGCCACAAAAAAUGCAUUUUUUUUGCUGUAAUUAACUCUGUAAAAUAUUAAACCUGAUAAUUGUAUCAUGGUUUUAAAAAAUCUGCAUAUUUGCUUUACUAUUAUGCUGCUGAUCUUUUUUUACUGAAUUUGUAAGAUUUGUUUGAUCAAAGCACAUAUUAAUGUUGUCUCUACCGUAUCAUGUAUUAUUUAAGAUUUUAUAGGUUUUUCAAUUUUUUUUAUUAGAAUUUUUUCCAACUGUUUUGUUCAUGAUUAUCCUUCAAAGUUAUAUGCUUGGUCACUUGUCUUACCCAUGUGCAAGAGAAAAUAAUACAUUGUAGCCUGUUAUAGCUUUGAGUGUAGCUACUGGAGUGGUAGCAGUGAACACAGAAUCCUUUAAUUCUGUCUUCUUGCCUAUAACAAUUGAAUAAAAGCAGCAGUUAGUGAGUUUCAUUAGGAAAACUGUUUAUGACCCUUGGCAAAGUUACCUCAUCUGAGAGGCAAUAUAAAUAUAAAGCAAAGCAUAUCUUUAUAGCUGCAGAAGUAUCCAGCCUGCCAAAAGGAGAUGGUGGCAGAACUGUGGCAUGCUGAAGCUUAUGAUCUCAAGGAGGAUACUUCAUGAAUAAUACAUUGCAAUGCAAAUAAAUUGUUUACUUCUACUAGCUAUUAGGCUGUUUUUGUACACACAAAACAAGGUAUACCCAGGAUAUCUAGAUUGCCAACAGGGAAAUCUAUAGCUGUAGUUCUGCAUACACAUAGCAGGUGGUUCUUUGGCAUUUAAUUUCCUUCUUAUUUUCCGUGUUAGGAUAGAGCAGUUCUAUGUUGGGUGUAUGUAUGGAAAACUCCAGCUUUUUGACCACUCUUUCUUCACCCAAAGUAACUGAUUCCUGUAAACCAAUCACUGGUGGGAGAACCUCAGGUUGUAAGAUUUCUAUAGCUAAUGCAUUGAGAGCAAUAUAUGCCAUGAUAAUGGGGGGAAAUAGCAGUGCUGGAUAAAUAGUUUUUCUCUUUUACUUCACUGUCAGACCAGCAUAGCAGAAAUCUUAAUAAUGGUUCUUUUAAAGCCAUGAAUAUUCAGUAUCUUUAAGCAUUGAAGCCCCAGCUGUCAAUGCUCUUUUUAAAAAAACCAAACAUGUAGGUCAGUUGCUAAGUAGUCAUGUAAAAUGGUGCUGAUCCUUACAGAACUAUGUUAACUGUUUACAUUUUAUAUUUACAGAAUGAUUUGUGUGUAACUGACUGACUUUGUUUAUGAAUGAGUAAAACAAUCAUCCAGAGUUUAUUCCUUUGAAAAGUGCAGAUUUCUCAAGAACCUAAACUAUAUUGAUUGCCUUGUGUAGAUAAAUAUUUUGUGUAGUAAAUUAAAAUGUGAAAAGGGAUUUAAAUUAGUGACACCUACAAAAAUGAACUUUUAAAAGAAAAGCACAGGAGUCUUGCCAGGCACAAAGCCUGAGAGAAUGAAUAGAAAUAGCUAUUGAGAUCAUCCAAGAAUGAAACAUGCUGCUCAAUGUCUGUUCCUUUAGAAUUUGUUGGAUAAAUAGAAUAAAUAUUCUUUUUAAAUUUAUAAUUGGAAGAGGAAAAAUUGCCUUUACCCACUUUCUUCCCCAAUUGUUUUACUGUUUUCAAUAUCUAACAGAAAUUAGACUUUAAAAAAAAAAAAGACGGGGUUGCAAGAAAUGGUAAUGUCUCCAAGAAAGCUGACAGUCAGUUGUUAAAGUGCAAAGUUUUAUUUUUGUUGCCUGGCUAGACCACAGGGAAGUGAUGGUAUGUAGUUUUGCUGUUCUCACUUAUAUCAGAUAUUUCAGUAGUGAGCUUUAAAACACACACUUAAGGCAAUUAUUUGUACUGUAUGUUACCUAAAAGCUGAUAGGCCACACGAUGGGGAUUGGAGCAUAGCAUACUUCUUCUUGUUGUAUUUGGACCAACAGGGCAGUUUAUUUUGUCUAUUGAAUUUUAAAGGUGACAUAAAGCCAACCGUAUUUAGUCCUAUAUUACAGGAGAACAUCAUUAUAUAGACCUAGAUUAUGUGCUGGUACACUGGUGUAUACAUCCAGAGUAACUCAGUUACAAGCAAUGAAAUUACUCCUGGUUUACGUUAGUGUAACAGAGCAGAAUUUGGCCCCAGUCAUUCUUGUUUUAGCUAAAUUCGGGAAUGGUCGUCGUCUCUGGUAUGCGUGCACCCAUCUUAGAGUCCAGUUCACUUAAUUGCUCUUAUUUAAGUGCUCUUAAAUGAGUUUUAGUAAGACAUUUUAUUGGCUCCUCCUCCCCUCUUGUCUUCGAUUUCUCUAGUGCCACCCACAGUAGGUACUGAAAGUGAAGAGACCAUUCAGAGAGCAAGAGACCACUUCAGUCAGAAUGGAGCAUACCAGCACCCAUAGUCCUCCUGGGUCCCACCUUUCUAAUAAGUAUUCAGAUUAUUGUGGUCUGUAUUUUAUGCAAAUUAGGUGCCCAUUGCAGGCUCCUGGCAAAUUUCCAGUGAAGCCUGCUCAGCCAGGAAAAGUUAGAGCUCUGCAGUUUUAAACCAUUGCAACAGUUUGCUAGUCUGAAUUCUCUUUUUAGUCAGCGAAAUUCAUUUUAUAUUUCAGGGACAAUUGCGUACGGAUGCAAACAGUAAGCAGGUGGCUAGCUAGAAUUGUCCUGUCCGUUGCUGUUCUCACAUUAUGUAGGUAGAUGUCUAAUAUCCAAUACAUGUUAUACUUUCUGAUGUGCUAAGUAUCAUUGAACUUGGUUUAUUAUUUUGAUAAAUAGUUCCAUAAUGUUUCCAUUGCAACAGUCCUUGCUAAAAGAUACACAGCUUUUCCACCUCUAGGAUUCCAGCUGCAGUCUAGCCCAGACUAGUAGGCCUGGUCUACAGUGGGGGGGGAGCGGGAGAUCUAUCUAAGAUACGCAAUUUCAGCUAUGAGAACAGCGUAGCUGAAGUCGACAUAUCUUAGAUCAACUUACCUUCCAUCCUCACAGCGCGGGAUCGACUGCCACGGCUCCCCCAUUGACUCCUCUUCUGCCUCUUUCCCUGGUAGAGUUCCGGAGUCGACGGCAGAGCGUUCGGGGAUUGAUUUAUCGCGUCUAGACAAGACGCGAUAAAUCGACCCCUGAUGGAUCAGUUGCCACCCACUGAUCCGGCGGGUAGUAUGGACGUACCGCAGUGAAUGAAAGUGACCCACAUCUAAUGUCCUAUGUAAACUGAGGUGGACGCCGCCCACUAAGAACUGUAGAAUUCUCUCACUUUCUGACUAGUUGCAACAAGUCCUAGGACUGAACAGACAACUAGAAGUGGGUCCUUCCAGGUCAGUAUUAAACACUGGUGGGAGAAGUUUGUACUGCCUUUGCCUUUGCUCCUACCCGUUUUGUGUGUUGAGGACUUCACUCAAUGCAACACAAGGAGCCAGACUGUCUUUAUCUUUCUCAUCUUAUAUAAACUUCUGUGUGUUUAAGUCAGCUGAAGUCCAUUUAAAUCACACAGCAAUACUGAUUGGUUCAAUAACCCUAUAUGCUUGGUUAGGCUCAGUCUCCACCAAUUAACUAAUUCAGGUAAAUGGCCCAAUUUUUUGACCCAGGGUAACUUUUUCAGCUUGGGGAUCUAAAUUAGAAGAGAGUUGCUGUAUAUGGGAUAGCAGCUUUCAUGGUAUAAAUCCCCACAAAACAAAAGAAUAGCUGUACAGAUUAUCUAUGAAAUGCCAAGGAAUUUGUUUAGGAUAGAGCAAACCUUGAUUUUACAGGUUAUGGUGACAGUGCCCUCUACUGGUAUACUACAUAAGUAAGUAGAACAAUGAAGUUAGAUGUGUAAUAGAUUUGUAAUAGCAGCAUUGGCCCCCAGAUGAACACAUUCCAAGUUAGACUGCAAGAUCUAAGCACCUGACGGGUCAGGCUCUAGUCUACACAUGACUCUGCUGGUCCCACACUAAACAUACAAUGCACACAUGACAAACUUAGAUACACUGCUGUAAACCAUCAAAAAUACUAGCAAUACACAUGAGCAGUUCCUUACACACCAUAUUUCAGACACUGUCAACUCAGAACAUUUGGGAGGAAGAGAACAUUCCAGUUUGUGUCUGGUUUUCAUGACUUGAGUCACUGAAGUAGUAGUCCAGGAUGGGCUGCCAAUAUCUGAGUAUUUUUCUAACCUGCUUUAUAGCGGUUUCUUUUAUUGUGUUAGCAUUUUGUAUGUUCCCGUUAAUGUUUCAGUUGACCUACUUUUCCCUGCGUAGUUAUAGUAAGUUGGAAGACUGGAGAAUGGAGAUGAAUUAGAGGUCAUCUGCAUUCUUCAAUAAGGCUUGAGAGGUUCUGAAUGGAGGAAUAUGCUGUAUUUGUAACUCUUCAAACUUUCCAGCUCACUUAAUUGCUCUGAUUUAAGUGCUCUUAAAUGAGUCUCAGUAAGACAUUUUCUUGGCUUCUUCCCAUCUUAUAUUUCUCUGCAUUACAGAAAUUUUCUUUGACAAAAGUUAACUUCACAUAUUUCCACUCCCACUGCUAAAAAGUGAAACGAGUUUAUUAUUGAACUACCUCGCACAAAUUUUCUCUGCUUCCUCGAGUAAAUAGAGCUACCCUUCUCUAUUGGAGCUACCCUGAAUGUGAAAUAGAAAGUACAUUUCCCUUUUUCAAAAGCCCAACCUAUCGGCCAAUGUUGAGACAAUAUCAGUAAGUAUGUAUCAUGUAUACUUCCCGUACAAUGUUCAUGUGUAAUAUAUAGCUCACGUACAAUAAUGUACAUCCAGAAAAUUGUGUUAGAUGUAAAUUGGUGAAUUUAUUACUGUAGUCUGUUUUUUGUAGGUAAAAAUAACUUACUAGUAAUAUCAGUCCAUCCUUUACAUUUUACAAAAGGAAUAAUUCUUGGUAAGCUUUGCAUACAGAUGAAUUACUUUUGUAGGCCCAAUAUCUAGUCUAUUUUUGAGAGUUCUUAAACUUUUAACUUACUACUAAAGUUGAGCAAAACUGGCUGAAUUCUCGUGAUCACUCCUCCUGCCCCCCUGAAGUGCAUUCUGUCCUGGGAAGUGUGGAGGGGAAGGACGCACCUUUUAAAUAUGGAAAAAUUACAGUUAGUUUUCUUUCCCACUUGCCACCCUCCCCUCCCCUAUUCCUUUCUACCCCUUCCCAAUAAGCCAUUGUAGGGAAAUACUGAGAUCAUUGUGGUUUUUAUCAUCCAUGCCAUUGGUCUUUACACGUGCACCACUGGAAUGUAUACAUUGUUAUCUAGUAUGUCAGUUGGUUAUAAUGAUAUUUUAAAUAAAAAAGGAUAAAAGUUG